AUGGCCAAACAGCCGACCAGCGCUCCCAGCAGCUACAUCCCGGCGCAGCAGCCCGACGGAGCUGCGUUACUUACAACAAACAAACCGGACAACACGGCUGCGUGUCCGUCGCCCGCCCCUCACCAUCACCCAGCGCCUCAGCCGCCGCUUCCGUUCAACGAGGGCAAAACUUUUUGUCCCACGGAAAAUAAACCGGGAGAACUGGACAGCAAUAAAGCGUAUGGGACGUUUAAAAGCACCGCGCCCGCGGCCCCUGGAUCCGCGGCGGUGGUCAACUCGGCCUUCAGAAAGGAUUCCGCUGGUUCGGCCCGCGGGGGGCCCGCCCAGUACGGCGACCCGCUCCGGGCCACCGCGGAGCAGAACAACACCGCGGGCAACUGGACGGCUAUGAGCCAGACCACCAUCAUACUGGGAACAGAUGGGAACACGUCUGUUCAGCCCGGCACCGUGGCGGUGGGUGACGAUGAUGACGAUGGGGGAGAUGAGAAUAAGGCCAGAGGAAACUGGACUAAUAAAAUGGACUUUAUUCUGUCCAUGGUUGGCUAUGCGGUGGGACUGGGGAACGUGUGGAGGUUCCCUUAUCUUGCCUUCCAAAAUGGUGGAGGAGCUUUUUUGAUCCCCUACCUGACAAUGUUGUGCAUUGCCGGCAUCCCAAUCUUUUUGCUGGAGGUGUCCCUGGGCCAGUUCGCCAGCCAGGGGCCUGUGUCAGUGUGGAAAUGCAUCCCAGCUCUGCAAGGUUGCGGGAUUGCCAUGUUGAUAAUAUCUGUCUUGAUAGCCAUAUACUAUAAUAUUAUUAUGUGCUGGACACUGUACUACCUGUUCGCUUCGUUGAAGGGCUCACUGCCAUGGGCUAACUGUAGGAAUGAGUGGAACACGGUGGAAUGUAAGGACAAAGACAUGCUGCUCUUAGACACGUGCAUCCUGCGGGACAGAAACAUCACCUCCAUCAAGAAUUCCACGUUCUGUCUGUCCGCAAACACUGUGGGAAACCUGACCAAACUGUUAAACAUGACUGUGGACAGCAACAAGACCUACGUCAGCCCCAGUGAGGAGUACUUCAAGUACAAUGUGUUGCACAUCUCUAAAGGAAUCGAAUAUCCAGGAGACAUCCGCUGGCCUCUGGCAGGCUGUCUGCUCCUGGCCUGGCUCAUCGUCUAUGCCUCUUUAGCCAAAGGAAUCAAGUCAUCAGGAAAGGUUGUGUAUUUCACAGCCACGUUUCCCUACGUGGUGCUGGUCAUCCUGCUGAUCAGAGGAGUGACCCUACCCGGUGCCUUCAACGGCAUCCUCUACUUUAUCACACCAAAGUGGGAGAAACUGAGUGAUGCAAAGGUGUGGAAAGACGCAGCCACUCAGAUCUUCUUCUCUCUGUCAGCUGCUUGGGGGGGCCUCAUCACACUCUCUUCCUACAAUAAGUUCCACAAUAACUGCUACAGGGAUACUAUUAUUGUGACAUGUACAAACAGUGCCACCAGUAUAUUUGCUGGGUUUGUCAUCUUCUCGGUCAUUGGUUUCAUGGCACAUGAGUUGAAAGUGCCGAUAGAGAAGGUGGCAGAUGAAGGUCCUGGCAUAGCGUUCGUGGUGUAUCCAGAGGCUCUGACCAGACUUCCCCUGUCUCCUUUUUGGGCGAUCAUCUUCUUCCUCAUGCUCCUGACUCUUGGCCUGGAUACCAUGUUUGCCACCAUUGAGACGAUCGUAACCUCCGUGUCGGACGAGUUCCCCAAAUACUUGAGGAAACACAAACCUCUCUUCACCCUGGUCUGCUGCGCCUGCUUCUUCAUCCUGGGCUUUCCCAUGAUCACAGAGAGUGGGAUGUUCAUGCUGCAGUUGGUGGACACAUUCGCAGCCUCCUACUCUUUGGUCAUCAUUGCGAUCUGUGAGCUGGUGGGGAUUUCCUACCUCUAUGGUCUGCAGAGGUUUUGCGAGGACAUUGAAAUGAUGGUUGGUUUCCAGCCAAACCGAUUCUGGAGAAUCUGCUGGGCCUUUGUGACUCCAACCAUUCUGACGGGCAUCCUGGGACUCAGUCUGUACCAGUGGAAGGGGAUGACGUACGAGGACUACACCUACCCCACCUGGUCCAUGGUUAUGGGCUGGCUCAUGGUCAUCUGCUCCGUCAUCUGGAUUCCCAUCAUGUUCGGCAUUAAGAUGUACAUCGCCCCCGGCACCUUUAUGGAGCGUCUGAAGCUGGUCUGCUCCCCUCAGCCUGACUGGGGUCCUUUCCUGAUGAAACACCGUGGAGAACGCUACAAGAACAUGAUGGACCCUCUGGGAACCAACUCCCUGGGCCUCAAGCUGCCCCCAAAGGACUUCCAGCUCGGCUCCUACCAGUAG